AUGGAACAUGGCGACGGAGCGACCACCCCCAGCCCUUCCCUGCACAAUGAGAGACCCUCGAAAAGGAGGCGAACGUUAGUGCAUCCACCUCGUGAAGUUGGUCUGAUGCGGAGCGUUCCUGGGGACAGGUUGUCAAGAUUCGUCGGUAGUGCAAGUGGCAUUUACUUCAUACGAUCAGUAUACGGUGCAAUUCGCGGCGCUCAUCCAUCCACUACGGCUCCGAUAGAAACACCCGAGAGCGAUCACGUUCCUGGAGAAGACGAUUACCUACCUUCGUCGAAUCCCAAUAACUCUGGUCGAAUAUGGAGAGACGAGGAAACUACUGCCAGAUCUCUAUCGAGUGUGUCGUUCCAGGAGCUUGUCGAAUGGAGCGGAAGCUACUUCGCUAACUGGCACCCUUUUUACCCGUUCCUGCACGCUCCAAGUGUACUAGCGUAUCUUGAAAGGCUUCCUCAGUCAGGCGGGCAUACGAAUGACGGCGCUUCGAACUUUCAGAUGAUAAUACUACGGUCUGUCAUGUCUAUAUCACUUGCUGAUCGUCGGCAAUCGAACGUAGUGAAUACUGCGCAGUAUCCUGCCGACUUGGUUUUCCAAUCAUAUGAUGAUGCCAUGGACUGUCUCCAACAUGUGUUGUCCCGCCCAACAACUAUACAAUCUCUACAAGCCGCGAUCAGUGUUCAGCUUUUUCUCGUCUCUAUGUUGCGGUUGAACGCUGCGAGUCGUCUUGGUGGGUUGGUCAUCCGUAUGGCUCUUCAACUCGGUCUGCACCGUUGCCCAGCUCGUUUCCCAUCGUUUUCGAUUGCUGAAAAAGAACAUCGUCAAAGGAUAUUCUGGUCAUUGUACGCCAUGGACCGUUUCAUCUGUCAAUCUAUGGGUCUACCACUCAGCCUUCAUGAUGAUGACGUUGAUGUGUGCUACCCGACUGCAGAGCGUCACCCAAACAGUCAUUACCACGCAGAUGAUAGGCUGCGGCUCACAAGCCUUCUUGCGAGGCAGUAUACCAUACGCGGCCAGAUUAUAGAACUUCGUAACAAAUCACUUCACUAUGUUCAGAAGGACCCCGAUCAGGCGACCGCCAUAACAGCUAAGCUGGCUCAGUGGUGGAACGAUGUGGAAGACUUCCAUGACACUGAAGAUGAUCAAAAUGCUUCUGCGUACCAUCGUACUGUCUUGACAAUGUUGAAACAUGAAUCGAUUAUCUCUUUAAAUCGACCAACACUCGCUGCUUCACGUCAGGGACACGCAUACGAUGCUGCUCUACAGCAAUGUAUAGGAUCCGCACGUGCAAUCAUCACAACACUACACAAAGCUAUUCGACCAAGGAAUGAGCUUGAAUUGGGAUCUGAAAGCGUAGCUUUGCUAUGGCCGUCGUGCACAUGGGCCGCUUGGAUCAGCACAUUCAUUCUGUUUCAUGCUGCUAGUAGCAAUCAUGUGUCAGAUGGAAUUGCGUCACGGCUUACCGACAAGACUAUUGAUGUACUUCAUCAUCUCUCCCGCAGAGGCAGUGUGUGGCCUGAGGCUAGUGCUACUGCGGUACGCGAGCUGCGUGACCGCAUCACUCAGCGUCCGUCUAGGUAUCACGCAACUGCUCAAUCCACACCGAUCUCUAGGGAGAGCAACAUGAGAACAAAUCAAGAGGCCGGCACACAAGGACUACCACAGUAUACAAGCUCUAGCGGAGUCAAUCCCUCAUCCAACGUGCCCUUGACCGUGCCAGACCAUGCAACAUCAAGCACUGGACUAUCUCAAGAUGGUUCAAGCUCUUAUGUUGCACAGCCUGAAGCAGGUCCCUCUGCUAAGCCGAACAACAGCAUGGCUCACACUUCUGGCGCAUCUCAAAAUGCAAACACCUUUCCCUCGUUCGACAACGCAUCGUCCAUUUCGUAUCAGAACAUCAAUACCCCAGUCUUCGACUUUGGCAAUUCAGAAUGGAGUGAUUGCGUCCAAGCCAACGAGAAUCUAGAGUCGAAUACAAUGUUGCCUCAAACGGACAGUGUGGACCCAUAUAUCGGGUUCGAUAUUCCAUUUUGGCUCGGGCAAGAUCAGUAUUGGGACAUGCUACACGAUCGAAAUUGA